AUGGUCGCUCAUGGCUUCCGAUUUAAGAACAUUACAGCUUCAUACAAUACUACAACCUCAUACAAGAUGGCGACCCUGAACUAUUCUUUACGGGUUAACGAUGCAGUUUCGGACGCGGCUGGUAUCUUAGCAUCUGCACCUCCUAACUAUAUCAUCCCGGUCGAUGCUACUAUUUCACUCUCGACUGGUAGUAUCGUUGCUCCUCCUGAGACUUCAGUAACUCAAUCUCCAUCAUACUCGUUCCCAGAUCCUAAUGUCCUCGUUCUUACUACCUUCUCAACAACGACCAUUCCAUAUGUAGAUCCGGUCAUUCAAGUUCCUACCCUAUCUUCUGACCAACCAACAACUGAACAUGUCGCGCCUUUUACUUCAUCCACUUCCGUCUUAUUUGAGUUCCCUGUAGUUUCCGCGGCACCGUCAAGUACCAUAAACAUCAGCCCUUCUUCUACAGUACUUCCAAGUAUCUCACCUACAUCAUCAGCGACCACUCCAUCUCUUACGCCAUCGUACAUCAUUCCCACCACUCUAGAAACAUUAUCUUACACUCCAUCACCACAAUCAACACAAGCACCUGCCUCUCUUAUAUCCACCACGCCACUCCCCACCAACUCUAAUUCUUCAACCAGCCACCUUGGAGCCUAUAUCGGUGGCGCUUUCGGUGGCGCCGCAGUCAUCAUCCUUUUUCUCCUCGUCAUCUUCAGUCUUGCCCGCCGUCGCAAAAGUAGAUCUCCCAAACACCAUCCCGACCGUCCCGCUUUCAUCGGCGGCUACGAAUUGAAACUAGACAAAGUAGGAGAUUUGCAACGUGUUGUGCAUGAGAAAAUAGUUAGGAGAAAUACCUUUGAAGCGUGGAAGAGAGGUAUUGUGCCUGGCCUUAAGCAUGAUACAGAUGAUUUGGCUGGGAAAAGUGAAAUCAGUAUCAGUAGUGGAACACCCCAAACUGGAUAUUCAAGUCCGCUAGGAGAUGUUGCAGAAGGUGCAAUUGCGCGGGACGUAGGCCAGGAGGGAAGAUGA